AAAAGGGUUAGUCGGUGGGCUGGGAAUUGUGGGACUUGAGGGGGUAUUUCCAGGGGCCGGAUUUGUCGGUGUAAAUGUGGUGUUCGUAGGAGAAGUUUCAGUCGUGUGCAUGGGCCAUGCAUGGGGAUCCGGGGGUAUGGUGAGAAGGGGGUGUACAUGAUAAUGGGAUGGUGAGACCGAAUGGGGUGGAGAUUGGUGUGGGUGACACGGAAAGAACGCCUCGUUGAAAGUGACGUGGCGGGAUACUAUGAUUUUGUGAGAAGAAAAAUUCAUACAAAUAUAUCCUUUAUGGUUAUCCGGAUACCCUAAAAAUAUGCACGGUUCGGACCGGGGUUGAAGUUUGUGGAUGGUGGAAGAGGGGAUGUGUGGGAAACAUAGACAACCAAAGAUACGAAGAUGGGAUAUUUUAUCUCAACUCCAUCGUGAAUUUGCCAUGACUGACCUCAGACAUCUAUCAUUUUUCUUGGGCAUCUCUGUCACCACACUGCCCGGCGGCCUCUUUUUAUCCCAAGAGAAAUAUGCUCUUGAUAUUAUCAGCUGUGCGAGAAUGGACCAGUGCAAUCCAGUGGCUACCCCAGUCGACUUCAAUACAAAACUUAGCGCUACAGCCGGCCCCAAGGUGCAGGACCCUACCCUCUACCGGAGCCUUGCCGGUGCUUUACAAUAUCUCACCUUUACCCGGCCCGAUAUCUCCUAUGCCGUCCAACAAAUUUGUUUAUUCAUGCAUAACCCACGGGAGCCUCAUCUUCACGCCCUCAAACGAAUUAUUCGUUACAUACGUGGCACUGCCCAUCUCGGAUUACAUCUCCAUCGCUCCUCAUCUCACUCUCUCAUGGCCUACACCGACGCCGAUUGGGGCGGCUGCCCCGACACAAGAUGAUCCACAUCCGGCUACUGUGUUUUCCUAGGUGACAACGUCCUCUCUUGGUCCUCCAAACGUCAAACCACCGUCUCUCGCUCUAGUGCCGAAGCCGAGUACCGCGGUGUUGCCAACGUUUUUGCCGAGUUAUGUUGGAUUCGUAACCUUCUCCUUGAGCUACACUCCCCCCUACCAAAGCAUCUACUGUGUACUAUGAUAAUAUUAGUGCCAUGUACAUGGCGGGCAACCCGGUUCAACACCAACGGACCAAGCACAUUGAAAUAGACAUUCACUUUGUUCGAGAAAAAGUGGCUCGUGGGGAGGUCCGUAUUCUACAUGUCCCCACCCGUCAUCAAUUCGCGGACAUAUUCACCAAAGGCCUGCCACACAUCUUAUUCGACGACUUCCGUUCCAGUCUCCACGUUCGGUUGCCGCCUCACGUAUCAACUGCGGGGGCGAAUUAACCGUAGCCUACUAUUGCUCCUAGACAAAUCAUUUAUUUGCUAUUAAAUUACUUUAUUUCUUACCUUUAUUUGUAUCAUUGUAUCUACUCCAUAUUGUAACUAGAUACAUCGUGUAUAUAUAUGGCUAGCAUAUUCGUAGGCUUAAGUCUUGGGAUUACAACCGUUAGCAUGACUUCGAUAAUCC